AUGGCCAAUAUUUAUGCAAACGCAUAUCUCACAAUCGCAGCAACAAAUUCUAGCGACGCGUCUGGUGGUUGUUUCAGAAAACAAAUUUCCACUUAUGUCGAGGGAGCAUCAAAUAAGAGAAAGCCCAGACUGGCCACUUUUGAGUCGUGGAUGGGCCUAUCAGAAAAUGCGACUUUCACGGCGGGUACUGCACUUCUGUGCCCAGGAAGUGUUAUGGGUUUGCCGGGUUUCACAGAAAAGCGAGAGCAUAGACAACGACCAAGAUUUUACUUCCGAAGAUGA